CUCAAUGGGGUCAUCAAGAGUGUAAAGAAAGAUGGAGAGUGGAAGGUUUUAAUUGUGGAUCACAUGAGCAUGCGGAUCCUGUCCUCCUGCUGCAAGAUGUCUGACAUUUUGGCUGAGGGGGUGACCAUUGUGGAAGACAUCAAUAAACGCAGGGAGCCAAUUUCUAGUUUGGAGGCCAUUUAUUUGAUCACACCAGUGGAAAAGUCAGUUCAUGCCCUCAUUUCUGACUUCAAAGAUGCAACGUUUACAUACAAGGCAGCGCAUGUCUUCUUCACUGACACCUGCCCUGAUGAUCUCUUUACUGAAAUUGGGAAAUCCAGAGUGGCUAAGGUUGCCAAGACUUUAAAAGAAAUCAAUGUUGCUUUUCUACCAUACGAGUCUCAGGUGUUUUCUCUGGAUGACCCAGCUUCAUUGUACUCAUUCUACAGUUCUAAGACAAAUGAAGGUAGAAACAAAAUGAUAGAGGUUUUGGCAGAACAGAUUGCAACACUGUGUGACACGCUUAAUGAGUACCCUGCAGUUCGAUACCGCAAGGGACCUGAGGAAAAUGCUAAACUGGCUGAUGAGGUCUGCCAACGCCUAACUGCUCAUAAAGCUGAUAACCCAAAAAUGGGCGAGGGUCCAGAUAAGGCACGAUCUCAACUACUGAUUGUUGAUCGUGGGUUUGAUCCCAUCUCACCUAUUCUACACGAGCUGACCUUACAAGCAAUGGCUUACGACUUGCUCGAUAUCAAACAGGACAUCUAUACUUAUCAAACAACUGGCAUUGGCAAUUCAAAAGAGAGAGAAGUCUUAUUGGAUGAGGAUGAUGAUCUCUGGGUUCAGCUCAGGCAUAUGCACAUUGCAGAUGUAACAAAGAAAGUGACAGAGCUUCUUCGCACCUUUUGUGAGAGCAAGAGAAUGAGCACUGAUAACGCCAACAUCAAGGAUCUUUCUCAGAUGUUGAAGAAGAUGCCACAGUAUCAGAAGGAGCUGAGCAUGUACUCUACUCAUUUGCAUUUAGCAGAAGCUUGUAUGAAGAAAUUCAAGGCCUCCCUUGAUAAAGUUUGUGAAGUGGAGCAGGACCUGGCAAUGGGAUCAAAUGCAGAGGGAGAACCUCUGAGGGAUGCCAUGAAGAGCAUCGUUCCUGUCCUCCUCGACAAUGAUAUUGGGGCUUAUGACAAAAUCCGCAUCAUACUGCUGUUCAUUUUCCAUAAGAAAAAAGGCAUCACGGAAGAGAACCUGGCCAAGCUCAUCCAACAUGCAAACAUACGCGAAGACAGCAAAAUCAUCACCAACAUGGAAAAACUGGGCUGUAACAUUAGAGCUGGGGGAUCCAAUGCUGGAAAAAUGCUGCCUGAACGAAAGGAGCGAACCGAGAGUACAUACCAACUCUCUAGGUGGACGCCCAUUAUCAAGGACGUCAUGGAGAAUGCCAUUGAAGACAAACUCGACAGGAAGCAGUGGCCAUUCAUCUCUGAUCCCGCACCAAUCAACACAACUCAGACUACAGUCAGCAGUGCACGAUUUGGACACUGGCACAAAAAUAAAUCUCCGUCAGAAUAUCGCACUGGCCCUCGGCUUAUUAUCUUUGUGAUUGGUGGGGUGUCACACUCAGAGAUGCGUUCUGCUUACGAAGUCACUCGAACCACUGACGGGAAAUGGGAAGUUGUUAUUGGGUCAUCUCACAUCUUGACUCCAACCAGCUUCCUCAAUGACUUGAACAGUUUGGACUAAAUUUCAAAUUCUAAAACGUGCUCCUGAAGCAGGAAUAGCACAUCUGAAUCAGGGUAGUUUUUCAUUAGUGUAGUCACUGGUAUUGUGCCUUGUAUAUCAUAAUAAGUUA